UUAAUGUCGAAUAACCAGGAGCUGACUUGAUGCCAAUUGAUGAUGGUCUAUUUCUUAAAUGAGCCCAAUUUUGUUUUAAUUUGGUGUCCAUUGUCUUCUAGAAUAGUGAUAUCAAAACAUAAUAGUGAGUUAAAAUAAAGUUUAAGAAUUUUGUUAAAACCUAGACUGACAAAACAAGAUCACAGAUAAUGAUAAGCGAUACACAGAUAAUUUUAUAGACCAGGCCUGCACAAAAUACAGUUACAGUACAGCCCGCGGGCUGCAUGUGGCCCACCAGCACCCACUUUGCGGCCCGCGAAAUAACGAAAUAUCCUUUGUUUUCUAAAUAUCUUUCCCCUGUCCUAUUUUCGGUACCUUAUUUUCUUUUGGCCCUCACAAGUCCUGUCCUAUUUUCUUUUGGCCCGCACAAGUUUUACUUAAAGUAUUAUGGCCCGCCUUACAUUUUGAGUUGUGCAGGCCUGAUUUAGACUAUACUAUGACUAUACUAAAGUAUCUAUAGUAGACUUAGACUAUCAUCAUUGUAGGGCUGUCAUUUCAUAGGCCCUCUAAAUUUUAGUUGAAUUAGUAAAAAAUGAUAUUUCAAUCCUGUGUCUUUACUCUCUCACCUCUCACUAGCAAUAUCAAUAUCAGAGGCUAACAUUUCAACAUAAAUUAUGAUUAAAAGUACUAAAGGGUCCUUGAUACUAUGCUAUAGGCCUACUAAUAAUAAUAAUAAUAAGUGGUCUUAUAUAGCAUAUAAGUACUAGUACUACUACCUAUGCCUAUGUAAGAAAAAUUAUGACCAUAAAGUAUUAAUAAGGCUGGCAUUAGUAUUACGUACACCAUUGUGUUGUACCUAGCAAAACCGCUGGCUUUGGCCUGCAUAUUAUACUGCAGCGGUGUACCUAGCAAAACCAUUGGCUUUGCCUGCAUAUACUGCAGCGAUGUACCUAGCUAAACCAUUCGCAUGGCCUGCAUACACUGCAGUACAGCAAAACCAUGCCUUUUGAAAGACUCUUUGCCAGUCUUUAACUGUUUGGCCUAACCGGUACUUGUAAAAUGAAUGUUAUACUCUUUUAAAAACAAUUAUUUAAAAAAAAAUUAAUUGAUACCUGCAAGAUUAAACAAAAUUAGUGCUUUUAUUUUUAUUGUGUGCAGUACUUGAAUCCUGCAGGAAUGCAUGGGACACAACAUUCUGGUAACUUUAUUUAUUUUUUUGCUAAGAAAUAUAUCCAAAUUUUAUUUCCGGAUAUGGUAGAGAUAUUAGGUAAGUUCCCAUACUUUUGUGGCAAGGUACUUAUAAAGAGCAAAACAUUUCUAAGUAGUAUUUUACCGUUUGUAUCUGGCAGCUUGAUAAGUAAAACGCAUUAAUUUAUCCUAACUUGUACCCUCACAAGGAGGCUAUUAGAAGAUUAUAGGAUGACUUAUAAUAGUCUCUGGGACAGUGGCAUAGGAUAAGGGGGUUGGAGAAGCGGUCUGCCCUGGGCAUAAUUUCUUUAAAUGGAGGGGCACCAUUUUUAGCUAACUGGAGAGUUUUCAUGACAGUGGGUGGCCAAAAUAUUGGCGGGGUGGGGGGGGGGGCGCUUGCAUUGUUAAAACAUGUGUUUUUUUUUAAAGUUGACAACUUAAUUGUAUUUUUUUCAUUUUCAUAUAUUGCAAUAAAUAUAUUUUUCUCCCUUACUUGUAUUGUAAGUUUUAUCCUACAAUUAUGAAUCUCAAGGCCUAAAAAUUAAUAAAUAUCAUGGAUUUCACAUUAUUUUAGGUUACAGUUGGCUUUAUUAGAGGUAUUCAUAGGGUAAAAAAUUCAGGUUAAUUAUUAAAUUAAAUGUAUAUUCUUUCUGCUGAACCCUCCCUCCCCCACCUCAGUACAGCCAUAAGCACCAAUAUGCAAAAAAUCACAAAAUAACAAACCCCUCCCCCCACACUGCAUACAUAAUAUAUGGAUGGACUGAUUUAGAAAGUUGCAUCUAGUGAUUCUGUGCUCUUUAUAAUCAUUAUUAUAUUUUGAACUGUAAAUUACUUUAAGUGCUUACUGACGUAAGCAACACCCGUUGGGGGGGGGGGACGGACACAUGCAGACAAGUAAAAAUAUUUUGUAUUAUUCUUUAAUCUUAAAAUAGGUAUGCUAAUGUGUUUUAAUUAAAUUGCAGAUAAUUAAAGACUGUGGACUUUAUAGCCUGCUUGUCAACAUGGUAAUGUUACACAAGAAAUCUUCCUAUCUCUCGCAAAAGCUAAGCAGACAUGCCUUUGUUAUUUGCCUUGGUGGACUUUUUUUUACCCUUGUCAUCCUUGUUUUCAUGACUGUUUGCAAUGGGCCUUGUGAUGACAAAACAUGUGCUUGGAAGAGGUCUGAAAGCAAAAUGUUUUGGAAAGAAAAUUUUUUGCCAGCAUCUAAAAAUUUGAAAGCCAAACUUGUUGUCCUGAUUAUUUCUAACCCUGAUAACAUUCAUGAAAGGGAUGCCAUCAGAGAGACUUGGUUAAAAGAUACUGAUACCAACAGUGUUCUUCCCAAAUUUGUUGUUAGCACUGCCUCACUUGAUACUGACCACAGAGACAAAAUCAACAGGGAAGAACUUGUUCACAAAGAUUUGAUUAUUUUGACAAACAUCAUGGAAUCAUAUCAGGAUUUGACCAAUAAAGUUUUACAAGCAUUUAUUUGGAUUGACAGACAUGUUGACUUUCAGUAUGUUUUGAAAGUGGAUGACGACAGUUAUGUCAGGGUUUCCAACAUAUUAGCUGAACUUCAGCAUAAAUCAAAGGAUAGAUUGUAUUGGGGAUUUUUUGAUGGUAGAGCAAAUGUAAAAACUAGUGGAAAAUGGAGGGAAGGCAAUUGGAACCUGUGUGAUCGAUACUUACCAUAUGCUCGUGGUGGUGGCUAUGUUUUAUCUAGCGAUCUUGUUCAGUUUAUCGCUAUUAACCAUGAACUUUUUCAACACUAUCUCAGUGAAGAUGUAUCUGUGGGGACAUGGCUAGCACCACUAAAAAUUAAUAGGCAUCACGAUCAAAACUUUGAUACUGAGUACAUUUCAAGAGGCUGCCUUAAUACCUACCUGAUAACGCACAAGCAGUCGGUGUUGAAAUUACGUGAGCUUAACAAUAACUUAUUAACUUUAGGUAGGUUGUGUAAAGAUGAAGUAGUUUUAAGAGCGUCUUAUGAAUAUGACUGGAAUUAUCCCCCUUCAAAGUGUUGUAUAAGACCUGAAAAAGUACCAGUACCAAAUUUGGGUAAAAAGGCAAACAAUAUGCUGUUUUCUAAAAGCCAUUUAAAAUAAUCUAAGAUAGAUGCUCUUUUUACAACUUCAUUUUCAGAAAUGAUGGGGAAAUUUGAUAACUUAAU